AUGGGUCGCGUAACAAAUGAAGAGUUCUUCAUCAAGCUCGCGGAGCUCUUCGCCGCGCGCAAGGGGGAUGACCACGGCCAGAUACACCUGACGCAAAAACGACUAUCCCAUGACGCCCCGCAAUCGUCCGACCCCGAAGCCGACCUGCACCCGGAGAAGCCGCUACCGAUCGUAGUUCGCGCCAGCAACGGCAAGGGCAGGGGUGCCAAGAAGGAGAAGUUGAGCCUGUCUACCACGGUCGACCCGGAAGGUUUGGAUGCAUUUUACGCUCGGUACGCCGAGGUCUGCAAGGCCGGCAUGGUAGCGCUCAAGCCCAGGGACAAGAGCAAGAAGAAAGCCAAGGCGAAGAAGAGGAAAGGCGGCGCGGUUGCCGGAAAGUCAUGA